AUGACAACUCUCUCUCUUUUCCCACACGGGAACCUGGAGGCAGCAGCAUUCUCUUCCUCAUUCCUUCUUCCUUGUCCCCGUUCUGUUGAAGAACAUCACUUUCAAGUUUCCUCCUCACUCCACAACUUGGAACAAAAUGGCAGGGAGCAGUCAUAUACAGACUACGCUAUUCCGUUGUUGAUCAUUCAAACCGUCUUAGUCCUUUCCGUUAGCCGUAGCUUGACCUUCCUUCUCAAACCUCUUCGUCAACCCAAAGUUGUUGCAGAGAUUCUCGGUGGAAUUUUGCUUGGACCAUCUGGAAUUGGACGUAACAAACAAUUUACGAAGUUGGUGUUCCCUUCAUGGAGCACUCCCAUACUGGAAUCAGUGGCCAGCAUUGGCCUCCUUUUCUUCCUCUUUCUUGUAGGCAUUGAGCUUGAUAUUCGAACCAUUCGCCGCAGCGGCAAGAGAGCUUUUAGCAUUGCCGUUGCCGGAAUAUCCCUGCCGUUCCUCUUCGCCAUGGGAGUAACCUUCCUCCUCCAGAAAGCCAUCCACUUCGGAACCGGCCAUAACUACCUCCAGCUCCUCAUGUUCAUGGGAGUAUCCCUCUCCAUCACCGCCUUUCCUGUGCUCGCCCGCAUCUUAGCAGAGCUCAAGCUCCUCACCACACAAGUAGGAGAAACUGCCAUGGCCGCCGCCGCCUUCAAUGAUGUUGCGGCCUGGGUUCUCUUGGCCUUGGCAAUCGCCUUGGCCGAUGGACAACACAAAAGCUCACCCCUCACAUCUAUUUGGGUUCUCAUUUCAGGGGUGGCGUUUGUUGCAUUCGUAUUGGUCCUUGUUAGACCCUUUAUGAACUGGGUAGCACGCCAGUGGUCACGUCAACGCCAAGUCUUUGACGAAGCGACCAUAUGUUUAACCCUCGCGGGGGUUAUGAUAGCAGGCUUUGUCACUGACCUCAUAGGGAUACACUCAAUCUUUGGAGCCUUUGUUUUCGGGAUCACGAUCCCAAAGAAGGGCGAGUUUGCGAGCAGCGUCGCAAAGAGGAUCGAGGACUUUGUCACGGUGCUGUUGCUUCCGUUGUACUUCGCCUCGAGCGGGUUGAAAACCGACGUUGCUAAGUUGCAUGGAAUGGAAGAGUGGGGGCUUUUGGUGCUGGUCAUAGUGAUGGCGUGCGUCGGAAAAAUCUUGGGGACAUUUACGGUGGCCAUGAUGAGCAUGAUACCUGUGAGGGAAUCUCUUACUCUUGGAUUCUUGAUGAACACCAAAGGGUUGGUGGAGCUUAUUGUUCUCAACAUUGGCAAAGAGAAAAAGGUACUUAACGAUGAGGUGUUUGCCAUCCUAGUGCUAAUGGCUCUCUUCACCACCUUCAUCACAACGCCAAUAGUCUUAGCAAUAUACCCACCCUCGCGUCCCAGCAAACAAAACCGGGCAGGACCGCGAGACGACCUUAGCAUCCUUGCAUGCGUCCACGACCACCACACUUGCAACAUACCCUCUCUAAUAAGCUUCAUUGAAUCCAUUCGACCAAACACCACCACCACCACCAAUCUCAAAUUGUACGUUAUGAAACUCGUCGAGCUCACAGACCGAUCCACCUCCAUCUUGACCGUUCAACGCAGCCGCAGGAACGGCUUCCCCGAAGGAUCAGAAAGUUCCAUGCACGACCAAGUUGUGGCCGCUUUCAAAGCUUACCACGGUGUAGGCCAAGUGAGAUUGCGCCAUUUGAGGUCAGUGUCGGCGCUGUCAACGAUGCACGAGGACAUAUGCCAUGUUGCGGAGAAGCAUGGAGUGGGAAUGAUCAUAAUUCCAUUCCAUAAAAGGUGGAGGAGAGGGGAACAAGAUGAAGACGAUGAAGAAGCAAUUGAGAUAGGCCAAGGGUGGAGGGAAGUCAACCAAACGGUGCUUCAAACCGCACCAUGCGCCGUGGCGGUGCUUGUCAACCGUGGAGUUGGUACAUGGCUUCAACCAGGUGCAACCGAUGCAACCAUGAGGGUUUGCAUAGUUUUCAUAGGUGGAUUGGAUGAUCGUAUGGCUUUAGAUUUGGGUGCAAGAAUGGCACAACAUCCAGCAAUAACGUUGUCUCUGGUGAGAUUCAUGUCAACAGAGGAUUGGGAAACAGACAAGGAGCUAGACGAGGUGGCAGUGAAUGAGUUCAAAGCAAAGUUGGAGUCGUCAGUGACGUACAUUGAAAAGGACGCAAGCAGCAUAACAGAGGAGGUCUUAAGAAUUGGAAAAUCUAAGGAGUAUGAGCUACUGAUAGUGGGGAAAGGAAAUCAGCUUCCCGAGUCAUCCAUGGAAGAUUCUCGACUCGAGCAUGCUGAGCUGGGGCACAUGGGAAAUCUCUUAACCUCCUCAGCAAUGGGUAUUACAAGUUCUGUGCUCGUUAUACAAGACCAGCAAUUGGUAACUUCUAAUGAAACUGAACUCAGAAAGAUGGCUAGCGUCUUGUGAUCCACAGAAGGAUCGAAUCAUUCCUAUAAAUAUGUAUAAAAAAUAAGCCCCUUGUACUUGGAUAUGUUUGAGUAAUGAAGUGUGGUCCAUCAGUGUA